GGUCGUUCUUUCAAGAUGUCUGAAAAUCCUCGACAACAUGCGCUCAGUUGCCUCCGGACUAAUGCCCUCCUCCUCUUUGUUCUGGUCGGGAUCGGGGUGGGUCUCGGAGUUGGAUUUGGUCUCAGAAAACACAAGCCUUCAGAAGAUGUUAUUUUGUGGAUAGGGCUGCCAGGUGAAGUGUACAUGAGGCUGUUAAAGAUGACCAUUCUUCCUCUAAUCGUGUCCACUAUAAUUACAGGUACUGCCACCAUUGACCCCAAGUCUAACGGGCGUAUCACCAGUAUAACCUUCGCCUACAUACUUAUCAUUAACGCUUUUGGUGCCAUUCUUGGAAUUAUAAUGUACUUUAUAUUCAAACCAGGCGAGGGAAUUACGAAUGACAUUUCUAUGGAGAGAGCAGUAUCAUUCACUACAACGAAAGUGGAAACAAGUGAUAUGUUUGCUGAUAUGAUCAGAAAUCUUUUCCCGGAAAACAUGAUAACAGCAUGCUUCCAGAAGACACAAACGAUGACGUAUAUAACAAAGACGAAGACAGAGCUUAACGUGACCACCACUACCAAGAGAAAAGAAAUAACCACAGCUGCUGGAGUCAAUAUAUUAGGUCUCAUUGUUGUUUCUACUUUAUUCGGAAUCGCCGCCAGCAAACUUAGGAACAUUGUCAAACCUUUCCUGGAUUUUUUCUACGCUGUCUCCCAUCUCGUCAUCAUGGCUUUGAACUGGAUUAUUAUGUUAACACCGAUUGGAGUGACCAGUCUUAUUGCGUCCGCCAUCUUGAAAGUGUCCAACCUGGAGACAGUUUUUAACAGCCUUGGGAUGUAUGUACUGGCCCUGUCCAUUGGAAUGGGAUUACACCUCCUCGGUGUUAUACCUCUGCUCUACUUCAUUGCCACGAGGAAGAACCCGCUGUAUUACAUCGCUGUGUCACUAAGAGCAUGGAUGACCGUGUUUGCUGUAGCAAGCUCAGCAAUUGGAAUGCCAGAACUGUUGAAAGUAGUGGAAACUAAGCUCCAUGUGGAUAAGAGAAUCUCGCGCUACACCGUGCCACUAGGAGUUGCACUCACACGUGCAGGAAGUACCCAGUUUAUUUCUCUGUCUUCUCUAUUCUUGAUGAAUUUAGAAGGACUUACGCCAAGCGCUCCUACGAUCGUACUAGUCUGGUUGUUGACUACGGUUAGCUCCCUCGCCAUUCCGUCAAUUCCCUCGGCGGGCAUUGUCACGGUGUUGAUUAUCUUAUCAUCCCUCAAUAUGGACGUCACAAACAUUGGCUUGUUGAUGGCGCUGGAAUGGUAUGAUGACAGGAUAAGAUCAACCAAUAAUGCUACUUCUGUUGUCAUGGGAGCAGUGAUCGCAGACAGGUUCUGUGGUGCUCGCCUACCGCCAGUCGACCCGGUAACAGAGUACGAAAUCAAUGAUAAAGUGGCCAAUCCUGAGCAAAAUGUGGAAAAAGAAAUCGCCACAGGGGAUAGGUGCUGAUCAUGACGAAGUGGACUUUUCCAAAUAAUAAUGUCGAAAUUCUCAGGCUAAAUGACCUAUAAGGCCUUUAGUGAUAAAACCGAUCAUAUAUCCAAACUUGUUUUAAAGACGAUAUUUUUUUUAGGUCACCUGAGUCACUCAGGUGACCUAUUGCUAUCUGUUUUCGUCCGUGCGUCGUGCGUCGUCCGUCGUGCGUUAACUUUUGAACAUUUUUAACUUCUUCUCUAAAACCGCUCAACCAAUUUCAACCAAAUUUGGUAUAUAGCAUCUAUGGGUGAAGGGGAACAUAAAUUAUGAAUUUCAUGAUCCCUGCCCCCCUGGGGCCUGAGGGGUGGGGCUAAAACCACCAAAAUUAAUGCAAUCUUUAAAAAUCUUCUUCUUUACUCCUGGACAUCAAGCAGUCAAACUGUUGGCAUCAUUGUAAUAAGCAUGGAGCCCUCUACCAAAAUUGUGAAAUUCAUGGCCCCAGGGUCAGGGGUUCUGGCCCCAGGGUGGGGCUAUAUAGAUCAUAUAGUGAAAGUGCAUUAUUUCUUUGAAAAUCUUCUUCUCUGCUCCUGGGUAUUAAAUAAAGUUACUAAGUACAUAGUUAUGAUGAGCAAGAGUGCCUCUUCCAAAAUUGUGAAUUUCAUGGCCCCAGGGUCAGGGGUUGUGGUGUUAGGGCGGGGCUCUAUAGAUUAUAUAGUUAAUUCUUUGAAAAUCUUCUUCUCUGCUUCUGGAUAUUAAAUAAAGUAACUAAGUACAUAGUUAUGAUGAGCAAGAGUACCUCUUCCAAAAUUGUGAAUUUCAUGGCCCCAGGGUCAGGGGUUCUGGUGUUAGGGCGGGGCUCUAUCGACUAUAUGGUGACAAUGCAUUAAUUCUUUGAAAAUCUUCUCCUCUGCUCCUGGGCAUUAAGGUGAUAAACUAAGUACAUAGUUAAGAUGAGAAGGUGGGCCUCUUCCAGAAUUGUGAAAGCCAUGGCCCCUGGGACAGGGGUUCUGGUGUUAGGGCAGGGCUCUAUUUAUUAUAUAGUGAAAAUGCUUUAAUUCUUUAAAAAUCUUCUUCUCUGCUCCUGGGUAUUAUUUAAACAAACUAAGUACAUGGUUAUGAUGCAUAAGGAUGCCUUUUCAAAAAUCGUGAAUUUCUUGGCCCCAGGGUCAGGGGUUCUGGUGUUAGGGCGGGGCUCUAUUGAUUAUAUAGUGAAAAUGCAUUGAUUCUUUGAGAAUCUUCUUCUCUGCUACUGGAGAUUAUUUAAACAAACUAAGUGCAUGGUUAUGAUGCAUAAGGAUGCCUUUUCAAAAAUUGUGAAUUUCAUGGCCCCAGGGUCAGGGGUUCUGGUGUUAGGGCGGGGCUCUAUAGAUUAUAUAGUGAAAAUGCAUUGAUUCUUUGAAAAUCUUCUUCUCUGCUACUGGAGAUUAUAUAAACAUCUGGACCAUUGGUCUAAGCAUUCUGGUCCUGGGCAGGGCUCUAUUAAUUUGUAUUCUACUGAGAGAAGUUAUUCCCCUUUUCCAUUCACCUUUGAUAAUUAAUCACUGUAAAUAAUGUAUUUGAAAGGUUAAUAGAAUAAGAUAAUUAUGCAAGAAUGUUUAUUGUAUAAUUAAAAAAGUACUUUCUUAGUUUUAAUAAACAGGUAGACCUGUAAGUAAUAGAUAAAUAAAAAUGAGACAAAAACAACUUAUCUUAUUAAAAGUUCUUCAAAGAUCAUAAGAGAGGUCAAUGCUAGAGGUCUUAAUAUGGGUUUAAAAAUAGUACAGAAGCACUAAUAGUUUGUUAAUAGUCUGCAUAGUGUUAAGUGGGGGACAGAUUAGAACUUAAUUUAUAAGUUGAUACUGAAUACUAGACUAAUUAUUUUGUUGAUCCUGAUCUUCCUACUUCUCUUGCUUUAGGGCAACAAAGCUUCAACUAUCAGUGUAUUUAACUUCUAAAUUGUUGUAUUAUACUCAGGUGACCGUUAAGGCCCUUGGGCCUCUUGUUAUAUUUAUGAGUCAUUCAAGUCAACCCAAUGCCGGAGACUUUUUUAAUUCAAUGUAUAUUACAAUGUAUAUUUCGUUCUUUUCUUCAGAAAGAUAAUCAUAAGUAUUUCAAAUUGACAUAAAGGUAUUUUGAUCA